UCGGGAAUGGAUGUUCCCGAAUCUUGUUUUAUUUUAGUCUUUCUACGAACGUAACUUCGUGACUUGAGAUUACGUUAUUGUGAACUAUAUUAUAAAUACCCCUUGUUCCAUCGAGUGACCAAAAUAUAUUGUGACUGCAGCGAUAAUUUGACCUCAGUGCUUAACAGAUUUAUUUCAAUUGGUUGACUAAAUCAAAAAAAGAGUGAUACAUAUAAUGAUUUUUAAUUUAAUAAUGAAGUGUGAAAUUCAAUAGAAAAAUCUUUGUUAAACGGUAUUACUUCAAUUGAGAGAGAGUGAAGAGUUAAGGCAAAAUGUGUAAGGCUGUAAAGAAUGUGAACUGGGAAACUGAGACUCUUAUGGGUUCUACGACGCCUGUAUCUAAUUGGGAGCGUUUUAUUCCAAGAGCAGCUCUAUCUCAUAUUGGGUUAUUCGUUGCUCUUAUGUUAUAUACAGCUGGAGGUGGAUUGGUUUUUCGAGCGCUUGAAUAUCCAGCCGAACUGGCGAAGCAAGAAAUUCUUAGGGAUCGUCUCUUAACGGAAAGAUGGAAUCUCAUUAGAGUAGUAGCCGAUUACAAUAUGAAUGGGACUGAAGUUGUAAGCUUAGAAAAAGUUUUAAGUGACCAACUCGCCGUGUACGAGAAAGUACUAGAGGAAGCGUCUGGCAGUGGUAUCGCUUUGGAAAUAGAAAGAAAUUUUCCUCCCCUAGAAGAAAAAUGGAGUAUAUUACAGGCCGUGUUCUUUUCUUCGACUGUACUCACCACAAUAGGAUAUGGCAACAUUGUACCAGAAACAUUCUGGGGAAGACUGUUUUGUAUUGCAUACGCACUCAUUGGAAUUCCGCUAACACUCACAGUGAUCGCUGAUCUCGGAAGAGUAUUUGCAACAGUUGUAUCUGUUGUAGCUAAACACUUACCUACGAUGCCGAAAUGGUGUAAUCGACUAUCUGAAGCAAAUCCGGCCGGUCAAAGAUCUUUGUACGCGUUUUGGGCCGUUUGCUUCCUUUUCGUAUAUUUAUCAGCUGGAGCAGGACUCUUUAAAAUGUGGGAAGACGACUGGACCUUCUAUGACGGAUUUUAUUUUUGUUUUAUUACUAUGACAACCAUUGGGUUUGGUGAUCUAGUUCCGAAAAGACCGAAGUACAUGUUGUUAUGUACGCUUUACAUUUUGAUAGGCUUGGCACUUACGUCUACAAUUAUCGAGUUAGUUAGAAGGCAAUACGCUAGGUCUUGGCAACAACUACGAGCUCUCUCAGGUCCCUUGGCAGACACAUUAAGAAGACUUGGCGACGCCGGGCGAGGAGUCGACGUGUCUGCGUUCCAUAACGAUCUCAGAAAGGUCUUAACUGUCGUCACCAUGCCCAGAUUUAGCGGACGUGACGCCCUCGGUGAGAAACGUCAACUGGAGUGGGAAGCGGCCGUCGAGGCAGUAAUUAGAGAUAUCACAAGCCCCGUGACCAGCCAGCCGAAACCACCAAUAGUUCAAAUCGUUAUAUACGAAUCAUCAGUGUAAUGUUUAGACAUACUAUAGAAAAAAAAUCUAUGCAAUUUAACUUUCCAUCGUAAAAUAUUUCUCUUAAAAAUAAAAAAUAUAUAUUCGAUAAUGUUCAAUCGCUUCAAAUUUUGCGGUGAUGCAUCGCCAUCUCUGAUGUAAUAGUUAUAAAUUAACUACUUACAACACACGGAAACUGCGCCGUAAAGAUGUUUGAUAGCUUUUUUACAAUGAAGCACACACAUGAAUACAAACAUUUGUUACUAACAGUCAAAACUCUUAAACAAAAUAAACCGUUUAUCUAUUUCUACUAGCAGAUAUUUUAAUAAUUUUUAAUUAUUAGAGCAAACCCGCUUAAAAAUAAUCUACGUAAUUUUUAAAUUGACCAAAUUUGAAUUCAAAUAUUAUAAAUAAAAUAUUUAGGUCAGCUUAGAAAUAUAACAUUUUAAUUCAUUAUUAUUAUUAAACUAAUUAACAAUAUCGUGACAAGCUGCUACAAAUUAAAUGAUACAAGAUUGCGAGAACAACAUAAUUCCAUAAGCUGUGACAGCUUCAAUUUGAGUAAAACAUUGUACAAUGGUUCUACAUGAUUUGUUUUGUUGUAAUAUACAUAUUUUGUGGUGAUAUUAAACGCAACAAUGUCACAGUGACAUUUUAUUUUUGAGAUUAACUUCAAAUAAUUAUAAUUAUUUUUCCUUUUAUUUAUCAAUUUCUAAAUUUAUAAUUUUACAAUUGUUUUCUUUUAAAUAUAGCAUUCUUAGAUCAUGCGUAUUCCACAAUAUAUUUAAGACAAAAUAAGUAAGACGGCGUAUGUGAUUUUGUUUUGUCAUCAAAAUUUUCUAUCUUUAACGGAGCUUAGCAAACCGCGUGUCAAAUCGACAUUAAUAAAGCUUUAUCAGAAAAUGUCAGAUAACUAGAAUUAACGUGUAUAUCGAGUUUCUAUUUAAUUUCUUUGAUUAUGUAAUUUGUUACAAUAUUUUUGUUUCACGGGUUACCUUUACUUUGUAAGUCUGUGCGGAGAAAAUAAUGCCGUAUACAUUAUUUUCAUAAUUCAAAAAUUCAAUGUAGCAUGAAUUCAUAAAAAAAUAGACUUAUGCAACAGCAUAGGAAAUAAUCAUGUCAUAAACUUGCGAAGAAAGAAAGAAAGAAUGCGAGUUACAUUUUACACAUAUAAAUUAUGGUCAGUGCGCAACGCGGUUUACCUUAGAUGACUCACUUUUAUUAUAAAAAAUAACACAGAAAAAGUCCGUUUUGCAUUGUGAAUACUGCAGCAAAAUAAAAAAGCAGCUAUCUUUAGACAUUACACAUAAAAAAAAGAUUUCCACAUUUUAUCCCUGUAAAUUAGUAAUUUCGUAUCACAG